AAAAUCUUAAAAAUAAAAGAUAAUAAAUUAUAAACGAGACACAAUUUUCUUUACAUUAAAGCAACUUGUCAUAGCUAAGGCUUGUAGCAACUUGUCAUUUUGAUUAUAUGAACUUGUCAUUUAAAUUAUAUCAACUUGUCAUAUUGAUUGUAUCAUCACUAUCAGUCGAUAUGCGUACAAAUAUACGUAGGAUCCUAUUUAGCUAUCUUAAAUUAUAUCAACUUGUCAUUUAGAUUAUAUGAAUUCGUCUAUCUCAUAUAUAUAUUUUUUUUAAACACUUUUCUAAAAGCUCGCUACUUUUGCAAAAUCCACCACACGUAGCCAAAUUAGCCCCAUAAAUAGUAGAGAGGGCAUGGAGCAGAUCGAACAACACUCAUCGAUCGAUCCUAUCUCAUAAAAAUAAUUUUGAUAAUUAAUCAUGGCGGCACCGGCAUUGGAGCUUCCCUGGGAAUGCCAAGAACCGUGAUUCUGAAGAGCAAGUACAACGGCAAGUACAUCCGCUACACAAACGACCAAAUAGAUGGCCCGUACAGCCGUUAUUUUGUGUUUGUUUAGAAUUGUAUUAAUCAGAUUCUAUAUUCUUGGGACCCAAAAUUUAACGUUGUACACCAAAUGACAAAUUAUAGUCACUUAGGCAGCGUCACCGCUGGAGCGAAACAGUACCCUUAAACUAGCGUUAAUAGUUUAAUACAAUAUCUCAAUAAGUUUCGGAAUCUGAUCAUCUUCUUUAGGGGUACACCUAACUUACCUUUCCUUCCAAGGAGCGGCCGGCUAAAAGGACAAAUUAUGCGUGGGAAUGCCGACCUCGCAGUAUAGUAUUGGUAGAUAAUGACUAAUAAUAAGUGAUUAAUUAACGACCUGACUGACAAUAACAUUAUUUAUAUUUUUGUUUUUAUGCUACAAGUUGAGUUUAUACUUCUAUUUUUUCUUAUAAAUUGUAAGGAAUGUUGAGUACGUAGUCGUGUUGGCCGAAGGACAUAUGUGUCUUUUCAUUGUCUUCGGCUGAAGCUUAAGCAUAACCCUAGGGGAUUAGUCGAAUAGGGUUAUAUAUAUAUAUAUGUAUCUUGUAAUCGGCUGCGUACUAUGAAUACAAGCUGAGAUAGCAUAACUUCUUCGAGGACGUAAGCUCAUUCACAUCGAAUGGGAAGAACCACGUAAAGCUGUGUCUCGUGUUCGUUUUACUUUACGUUAUAGGAUUAUUUCAUGGUAUCAGAGCUGGUGCUCGCAAUCUAGGUCUUCACGAUGAGCGGCGGCGGAACUGGCGAUGUUGUGAUCGGCGGCACCAAUGGAGCAGGAGCUACCAUUGUGAUUCCCGCUACGUUACGUAUCCAAGCAUCGGACAACCCUGGUCAGCUGUUUGUCGGUGAACUGUUGAAUGAUUCCAAUUAUGGGGAAUGGGUUACGGACAUGACCGAAGCCCUAAUCGCAAAGAAUAAACUGGGUAUCGUGGACGGUACUGUUGCUAAGCCGGAAGCGGCAGGAGAAUUGCAAACCGCGUGGUUGCAAUGUGACGCCCUUGUUAAGGGCUGGUUGAAAACAACCAUGGAUAAAGAAGUGAGAAGCUCGAUCCGUUAUGCCAAGACGGCGAGAGAGAUGUGGCUGGACCUAGAGGCGCGAUUUGGAAAGGGAUCUGCACCUCGCGCGUACGAACUUCGGCAGCUGGUGAGUUCGCUGCGUCAAGAGAAACUUUUCGUGUCCACUUUCUUCACCAAGCUCCGCGCGAUAUGGGAGGAAAUGCAGACAAUCACUCCUGUUCCGCGUUGCACGUGUGGACAGUGUACAUGUGAUGUAAGCAAGCAGGUGAUGAAUAACUUGGAGAAUGAAAGGCUUUUUGACUUUCUCAUGGGACUAGGAGAUGUAUUUGGUACGGUGAAGACUCAGAUCCUGGCCAUGAAGCCGACGCCAACGCUUGCUGAAGCCUAUAGGCUUGUUGCUACUGAAGAGCAACAUAAACAGAUUGCAGCGAACCGAAGGCCAACGGUUGAUGCUGCAGCGUUCCAGGUCAAACAAGAGCGCGACGUCUUGGAGUCUGGGAAAAGAGACGAGAGGGGCAGGAGCUCUGAUCGGAAGGAACGUGUUCGAUGUAGCCACUGUCAAAAGACUGGUCACGUAAAAGAAAAUUGCUUCGACUUGAUUGGUUGGCCGGAGAAGAAGCCUCGGCAAGGAGACAGGGAACGCAGCACACGUCCAAACAACUCUCGUGCUGCUCAAUCCUCUGCCGGCGCUGGGGUAAGUAUUCCAGGCCUUAACUCGGAUAAGGUACAACAAUUGCUUCAGUUUCUCAAUGCCAAUGGCGGACAGCCCGCGUCUUCGGAGCCGCAAGUUAACAUGGCAGGUAAUAUUCUUUCCGCAUCUGAAUGGAUCAUCGAUUCGGGAUGCAAUGAGUACAUAACCAAUGAUGAGUCGUUGUUAGAGAACUCCAGUGAAGUACCAGGCUACUUACCGGUCAGUAUUCCGAAUGGGGACAGUGUAACUGUUAAGCGUGUUGGAGAUGUCAGUUUGUCGAAUGGAAUGAAGCUUAGUCGUGUAUUGAGUUUACCACUGUUCAAAUGCAAUCUUUUGUCCGUCAGCAGACUCACUCGGGACUUUGAUGUAGCAUUGACAUUCUUACGCGAUUUUUGCGUCAUCCAGGACUUACACUCCAAGAAGACAAUUGGGACGGGACAACUUCGUGAUUGGCUAUAUUACCUUUGACUGCUUGGAGCCGAGAAGUCCAGUGUCUUGGCCGCUGCUAGCAAUGACGGAGGAAUGGGGGAGCUUUGGCACUCCCGGUUGGGUCACCCAUCACCCAAGAAGACUCCUUUAUCUUUUCGUUCUAUUGAGAAUAAGAGCAAGAAUGAGAC